UAUGUAUAUGUAUGUAUAGAUAUAGGGUAAAUGUACCUAAUAUGGAACACCCCAAUAUAAAAUAUAUUAUUAAAUCUGUACAUUUUUUUGGUUUAUUUGCAUUUUGUAUUUCAAUAAAUAUUUUACUUUUUAUAAUAAAAAUAAAUUUUGUUUACAUAAAAAUUGAUUUGGUGUUCUCCAUAUUGGGUAUGUAUGUCUUCAACAAUUGGUCAUUUUUAACUUUGUUUUAUAUUUUUUGUUUAAUCUAUUACUUUUGUUCAAUCAAACGUAAAUAUGCAAACAAAUAAAUGCACGUAUUUGAAUCAACGAAAAAUUCGUGCCGUAUACAUUUAUAAAUUGGCACGAACUUUCUGGUCGAUUCAUUACAUGCUAUUAUGAAAUCCUAGCAAGUAGUAGGACACAAUUAUAUGGUCAGACAUAUUAUCGAACGUAACUAUUAUAUCGUAACCAAAGAUGCAAUUAAGAACGAUCAUAGAGAUCAGGAGGAAUCUCAAAUUUGGAAGAUAAACGUUUAUCACGGUUAAUUUUCCGGUAGGAAAAUAUGAAAUACUUAUGCGAGCGAAUCUUCUACCUGAUAAUUAUACACCUAUAAGUGACUCUUAAUAGCACCUAAAUACUCUAUACUUUUAACAGAAGAGAUCAAAUAAUUUAAAAAAAAAUAAAAAUAAAAGAAAAAUAAAUUCUCACCUCUGUAAAUUCUACUUGUAUUAUGUAAAACUCCCACUUUUGUUAUAAGAAGUACAUAUAAAACGCCAUCAUCCACAUUAGUUUCCGAUUUUGUUUCUGCAGUAGACUCCAAUCAAGUCCUUUUGUCUUCUUUUAAUUUUCAAAAUGAAACUAUUAGUUUUGAUUCUUAUAGCUACUAUCUUCACUUCUUCAAUAGUUAAGGCUCAAUUGGAUUUGAGGAAAAUCACUGCACCUCAACGUAAAAAAUGUCUCGCUGAAAUAGGACUCACAGAAGAUAUCAUUGACGAGGCAGAAAUUGGAUACUUUACCCACGACGAUAAACUUGGUUGCUAUUUUAAAUGCGUAUUAGAGAAAUUUAAUAUGUUUACCAAAGAUAGUAAAAUAAACUUCAAAAUGUUGUUAAUGUCUAUACCGGAAGUAUGGAAACCUUUGGCUCAAGAUAUGGUUGAUGAAUGUCGUGAUAUCACUGGUGCUGACAGAUGCGAAUUGGCCUACAAUUUUAAUAAAUGUUUAUACUUCGCAAAUCCUGUGGCAUAUUUCAUUCCUUAAAUACCUACGAGUGAGGGAAAAAAAACAUUGCAAAUUAUCGUAAAGGUAAAUUAAAGACUUGCGUCGCAUCACAUAU